AUGGCGCAGCGUCGUAUGUCAUCAUUGGCUGGUCCUUUCGAACUAAUGAUGCCAAAAGCUCUUGAUGUAAAUACGAUAGUUGAGACGCUAAACCAAAUGUUUCCAUCACUUCAACUUAUCCCCGCUGAUAUCCAGAAACCAACGGCUGAUUUAAUGUGUACUGUAUAUCAAUAUAUCACCCAGUACAUCAUGGAUAUUCCGGAUGUUGUAUAUACGACACCACCGUUUGCAAUUAGCAGAUCUACGAAUAUGGAUUUAUUCAUUCAGGCAUAUCCGAAAUUAGUGAUCUAUCAAGCUUUGUCUGCUAUUGUGGAAGAUAUUUCAUCAAAUGAGAUCCAGUUCAGUUUUCUUGAUUUAGUCGCACCAGAACCUGGUCCAACGCGAAUUCUUCUUUCAACCUUGAUCAAUUUCAUCGAAUUCACUACAAAUGCUAUUGCGAAAGCGCAUGAUAUAUUUAGCAGUGUUGACGGCCGCAAAAGUGAGCUGGAAUCAAAAAGGCUUAAUGUUAUUAAUCUUGGUAAUGAAGUACAACGCUUGCAAAGUGAAGCAACCAGUCGGAAACAUUUAGAGAAUGAGUUCCGUGAAAAAAUGGAAAUUUCACAGCGUAGUGUGAAAGAAACGUAUGCGCAAACCAAAGCAAUCCAGAUGGAGAUGAAAGCAAUUCGUGAUAAUAAUGUUGAGGAUGAGAAAAAAUUGGUGGAAAUGCAAAGUGAAAGUAAACGUCUGGCAUUUAAAAAUGAUGCUGUCGAUAGAGAUAUUGUCAAUUCACCUGAUCGUCUGAACGCUGAAUUAAAUGAAUUAACGAGAUAUUUGGAAAAUAUUCAGAAGGAAAUUUCUGCAGAAAACCAUAAGAAAUGGGAAUAUAAGGAAAAACAGAAGGCUAGAAUUAUGAUUGCUCGAUCUAUGGAACAUGUCAUGGAGAUUUUGAACAAAUCGAGUGAGCGUCAGAAAGAAGGUACAAUAAUCGAAGAGGCGCUAGCUGGAGCAGAGGAACAGCGUAAUGAAGUGAAAGAAGGCUGUAUGAAUAUCGAGGAGAAAUUGACAAAAGAGGGAAAUAAAUUGUUUACAAUGGAAAAAGAGUUCGAAAAAGAAGAGUCACUGCACGAGAAAUCUUUAAAAGACAUUAAAGAACAUUUGGCGACCUUGAAUGAACAAGUGAAAGAUAUUCGCCGACGAAUGCAAGAUUUUGAUAAAGAGAAUGUGGAAGUGCAACGAGAAAUCGGGAAAACAAAGAAUGAAAUUGCAGCAUUGAAUAGAACAACGAAUGCAGAUAUUAUAAAUUUGGCUACACGUCUUAACGAAGCCCUUAAUAAAUAUUUGGAAGCUGAGAAGCCCUAUGAAGAAGAUUACAACAGAGUGGAUAAUUUAAGGAACCGUCUGAUCGCCAUGCUGAACGCAUCGAAUGGUGACACUACCUUCGAUACAUCGCUCUCAAGUAGCAUGUUAGAGAACGGAAUGUAA